AUGGCGGGCCAUACACUCUCUAGCCUCCUUCUCGGCAUUAUUGCCAUCUGUCUUUGGGCUGGCCAUAUGCCCGGAGCACAAGCUGUUCCGGUACCUGUCACGAACUCCCUCGAUCCGAGGCAAUCAGCCGCCGACAAGCUGGUGUUUGCGCAUUUCAUGAUUGGUAUUGUGGGCAACCGCGGAUCCUCGGCCGACUACGAUUAUGAUAUGCAAAAGGCCAAGGCCAUAGGCAUCGAUGCAUUUGCGCUCAACAUUGGAGUUGAUGGCUACACUGACACUCAGCUGGGAUUCGCCUACGAGUCGGCGGCUCGCAACGGCAUGAAAGUUUUCAUCUCGUUUGACUUCAACUGGUGGCACCCGAGCACUCAAGCUACCGACGUAGGGCGCAAGAUUGCUCAGUACGCCUCGCUUCCUGCACAGCUGAAGAUCGACGGAAAGGUCUUUGCCUCGAGCUUCAUUGGGGACGGCCUUGAUGUGGCCCAAAUGAGGGCAGCAGCCGGAGUCGACGUCUUCCGGGCGCCCAACUUCAACCCUUCCCAGACCCCAAACAACGGGGUCGUCGACUCGGCAUUCAAUUGGAUGGCUUGGCCAAACAACGGGGCCAACAAAGCCCCCCAGCCUGGACAUAGCUUCUCCGUGGCUGAUGGGGACAACGCCUACAAAGCAUGGCUGGGUUCCAAGCCAUAUAUGGCCCCAAUCUCCCCAUGGUUCUCUACCCACUUUGGCCCCGAAGUUAGCUACAGCAAGAACUGGGUGUUCCCAGGAGAUCUUCUCUGGUAUAGCCGCUGGAAUGAGAUUCUGACGCUGGGCCCCCGCUACGUCGAGAUCAUAAGCUGGAAUGACUAUGGGGAGUCUCACUACAUUGGCCCCCUCGACUCGAAGCACACCGAUGAUGGAAACUCCAAAUGGGUCAAUGACAUGCCGCACGAAGGAUGGAUGGAACUGGCAAAGCCGUUCAUUGCGGCGUACAAGGCAGGUGCCAGCAAGCCUGAUGCCUACAUCAGCCAAGAUCAAAUCAUUUACUGGUAUCGACCGACCCUCAAGUCUUUGAACUGCGAUGCGACCGAUACUACCAUGCAGGAUGCCAACAACAGCAGCGGGAACUAUUUCAAGGGAAGGCCCAAUGGCUACGAGACCAUGGAAGAUGCUGUGUUUGUCGUCUCUCUCUUGAAGACCGCCGGGCAGAUCAAGGUGACGUCUGGUGGUAAUUCCGCCGUCACCUACCGAGCCCCUGCGGGUGCGUAUGCACAAAAGAUACCGAUGGGCGUUGGCAAACAAAGGUUCGAGCUCGUCCGUAAUGGACAGUCUGUUCUAAGCGGCACCUCCCCGAGAGAUAUUAGCAACACAUGCCCGUGUGGUAUCUACAACUUCAAUGCAUUCGUCGGUCAGCUGCCUUUUAAGCCAUUUGGCUCACUAGAUUCGCAAGGCCUAGCUUCUCUAACUGUUGGACUACAUGUGAGCACCUGCCAGCCGACUCCUACUCUGAUAGGUACUGCGCCUCCACCAAACGAUCCUCAGCCUACAUACCCUCCGGCUAUGUGGGAACCUCCGUCUAUUCCCCGGACGAUCUCGACUCAACCCGUCACCACGGCACCUCCUCCCUCUACCCCAACCAGCUGCAACCGCGACAGCGAGGAGUCUCCAAACUUGACCGGCCUUUGCAACUUUUUAUGCUUCAAAGGCUGGUGCCCACCUGGACCCUGCAAAUGUAAUUCAUUCGGUACGCCUGGAUGGAGCGACUCAAACGAAGCCCCCGGGUUACCCGGCUCCAGGUCUCGAUAA